AUAAAAUCAAUUUAUUAAAAAAUAUCGUACAAAUUCAUUCAUAAAUUCAAUACAAAAUGGCUUUAUUAGGAGCACAAUUAGUGAUUACACUAAUUGUAAUAAGUAUCAUACAAAAAAUAGGACCACAUUUUUCAAUAGCCAAAUGGUUUUUAUGUUCAACGGGAUUAAUGCGCUACUUAUAUCCAACAAACAACGAACUAAAACAAUUAGCUGGUGUGCCUAAAGAAAAACCAAAACAUAAUAAACAUAAUAAAGGUUCCGCAAAGUACAAUGAACAAAAUGGUAACAGAGAACCAGAAACAUUUCAUGUACCUAGAAAUAUUGAUAUACAAUUAGAAACAGCUAAAGUAACACAAUUAGAUGUUAUACAUCUACGUUUUUAUAGUGAAUAUCAAUGGCUAGUUGAUUUUACACUUUAUGCUGCGAUUGUUUAUGUGAUAACUGAAUUAUAUCAAAUAUGGUUUUCAUUACAAGAUGAAAUUAAUUUGAGUAUUAUGUGGUGUAUGUUAGUAUUAGGUUUUUCUAUGAAGAUCUUAUUUUCAUUGACAAUACAAUAUUUUAAAAGCGAAGAAUCGAUUGGUGAGCGUUCAACAUGUAUCGUUACAGGAUUCGCAUAUUUAUUAAUAUCUAUGAUUGUUUUAAUUGUUGAUGAAAAUCAUUUGGAAAUUGGAUUAGAAAAAGCGUAUUCUAGUUUUAAUGAAAAUGCUGCAAUAUUUUUAAACAAUCAAGGUUUAAAUUCUUCCGGCCCAGCAUCUAAAAUCGUACUGAAAGCUUUUUUAGCUUUAUGGUGUGGAAUUAUUGGAGCAUUAUUUACAUUUCCGGGUUUAAGAAUGGCGAAAAUGCAUUGGGAUUCUUUAAGAUAUUGUCAAGACAAUAAAUUGUUAAAAUUACUAUUAAAUAUAAGUUUUUCAUUGCCAUUUAUCUUAGUAAUUAUGUGGAUAAAACCAUUAUCAAGGGAUUAUUUAACUAGUCGAAUUUUUUCGGGUAUGACGGCUCCAAUAAUGACGGAAUCAACUUUUGAAAGUAUGAGAAUUGCAUUAGUUGUAAUUGCUGUUGUUUUAAGAUUUUUAUUAAUGCCAAUAUACUUACAAGCAUAUUUAAAUAUGGCUUAUCAUCGAAUUGAACAACAAAAAAAAGAAGCUGGACGCACAACAAAUAUUGAAAUACAAAAAAAGAUUGCGGCAGUAUUUUAUUAUUUGUGUGUUGUAACAUUACAAUAUGUUGCACCAUUAAUAAUAUGUUUAUAUUUUACUUUCAUUUAUAAAACAUUAGGUGGAUAUAGUUGGGUUGGUGGUUAUUUAAAUAAUGAUGAAUGUUCAAUUAAUGAUCAGAGACCAAUUAGUCCAACAGCAUCAUCGUCCACAUUAGAAGAAGCAUCGGUUAUAAAAUCAGCACAAGAAUUUCAUUUAGCAUUAGACUCAUUAAAAUCUGUAUUUACAACAGAUGUAUUUCGUGGUGUAUUCGGUUUUGCUACAUGGUGGACAUGUUUUGUUUGGUUUGCAUCCACAUCAUUAGGCAUGAUUUAUCAAUCAUACUUUUCUCAUUCAUAG